AGUGUUGUUUCCUCUUUGUAAGUCACUUUGAAUAAAAUGCCUAAUUGUAAAAGUUUGUGUGAUUUAAAUACUCUAGAAAACAUACUGAGGAGGAAAAAAAAUCAUGUCAUGUUAUUUAAAACCCAUCUAAGAAAGUCAAAGUCAUCUAAACCCCCCAACUAUAGCCCCCAGCCACUGAAUUAAUGCCAUUUCCAGCCCUGAACAUAACGUAGGCUAUAGGUACACUUAAAGAAAAAUAUAUCAUUUAUAUUUGUUUGUUAUUUUACAGAUGGUCUCUCUGGCUAUUGUUCGUGUUUUCUAUCAGAAGUGCUUUUAUUCAGCUGGUUUAUGUUUUUUCUUUCUUCUUAAGUGUAUUUCUAUACUCGUGCUCGCACACAAAAUUGAUGAUUUAUUUCUCUCCUCCCAUCUGCGUGUCGUUAUGAUGACGCGCCUUGAUACCUGAGCAGCAGUCAGAACUGUGGAGCCGCGGACGCGCACGGAUGCUGCUGCCAUGACAACAGACUUUCACGUGCUCAGACACUGAUUUAAUAUUUAUUUAAUAUCUCUUUCGUCCUUUCCGUCACGAGAGGUCCAAGGAUCCGAGUCUGUGAGCUCAACAGGUCGAGUCUGAUGAUGAACGCGAUGUAAACUGUGGUGAUGGGAUGGAUGGGAUGGUGUUCGUGAAGGCACGAGGAAUAAAGCGCAUGUGACCCGAAGACGGACGCGCGUCCUGAGUUCCGGCUCAUUUCUCCGGCAAUUUUGGGUCUGUUUCUCCUGUUGCGCAUCUUCAUGUGUGUCUGAUUAUGAUGACGCGCCCUCAAGCGUCUGAUCAUUGACCGAUGUGCACGCGUGUGUUUGUCCUUGUCAUUGAUGAUGAACGUCCUGUAAGUGCCGCGUCUCUCCUUCACAUACCGUCUUAUAUAACAGCAUAUGUCGGACUGAGAGAGCGUGGCGUCACCGUGACAACCGGAUGCGGGAAUCCCUGGAUCAAGAAAUCUGUGACGGCUCGUCGGCGGUGUCGGUUUCGGUGAUGAAGGCGCGGUUCGGAGAGGCUGGGCCUCAAGGGCGCGCGUGAGGCAAAAUCAUGCGAAAUGAUGGACGGGCGCGUCAAGGGCGAAGGGAGCGUCAUCAACGCGCGUUUAUUCGGCGGCUCAAGGGCGUUUAAACAUGAUGAGGACGCGUCGGAGGACAGCGCGGCGUGGAGAGGCGUCCUCUGGAGGAAGCGUAAAGAACUAUCCGUCGUUUUACCGACUUUAAGGUCAAACGAACGUCAACUCGUUCUUCUUUUUCUUUACAGGCCGUAAUGAACGAUCUCACACAGAUCAGACCUGCUGCGUUUAUCUGACAGAAGUUUAACAGUCAUCAGAGAAAGAGUGCGGGCGGGCGGGCGCGCGCUGCUUUCCGAUCUGACACCCGCCUGUCAUUAUCGGUAUGGACGGGGCUGCAAAUGUCACUGCGGGUACCGCCGGUUCUGCCGCCGGGGACUCUCGAACCGUCCGCAACGGCGACUCCAAAAGGCGCAGUAAAAGCAGCCUGCCGUCUCCCGGCUACCGACUCUCACAGGCGUCCCUGGAGGGCGAUCGGGGUGAGUCGCUGCCAGGGCGACGCCGCCCGUCUAUCAUGAGCUCGACGCGCGACGGCGGGCCCUACCGCCCGUCAACGGCGGCGGGAACCCCGACCACCCCGCUGCCCCUCCCUCUCACGGGCUCGGCCCCGCCCACCGUUCAGCGUUCCGUGGGUUUCGCCGCCUACCGGGCCGCUCUGGCGUCCACCUCCUCCACGGGCACCGGGAUGGUCGUGGUGGCCGCCGGACCCGAGACCACCACCACCACGGCGGCCGGGACCCCAGAGGCCUGUCCGGGCCUGGACGGAGAAGAUUACAGCUACUCGAACCAGUCCACCUUCAUCCAGCGCCAGUUUGGGGCGAUGCUGCAGCCGGGCGUCAACAAGUUCUCACUGCGCAUGUUCGGCAGUCACAAGGCCGUGGCGCUGGAGCAGGAGAGGCUAAAAUCAGCUGGAACCUGGAUCAUACACCCAUACAGCGACUUCAGGUUUUAUUGGGACCUCCUCAUGCUUCUGCUUAUGGUGGGAAACCUCAUCAUUCUUCCUGUGGGCAUCACGUUCUUCAAGGAUGAGAACACGCCUCCGUGGAUCAUUUUUAACGUGGUGUCAGAUACUCUCUUUCUUGUGGAUUUGGUGCUAAACUUUCGGACCGGUAUCGUGAAGGAGGACAGCACCGAGAUCCUACUGGACCCCAAAGCCAUCCGUCAGCGUUACCUGAAGAGCUGGUUUCUCGUGGACUUUGUGUCUUCGAUCCCAGUGGAUUACAUCUUCCUGAUGGUGGACCUGGAAGCUCGGCUGGACUCCGAGGUUUAUCGGACCGCCCGAGCGCUGCGGAUUGUUCGAUUCACAAAGAUUCUGAGCUUGCUGCGAUUACUGCGCCUGUCUCGACUCAUACGAUACAUCCACCAGUGGGAAGAGAUCUUCCACAUGACCUAUGACUUGGCCAGUGCGAUGGUGAGGAUCGUCAAUCUGAUUGGCAUGAUGCUUCUGCUGUGUCACUGGGACGGCUGUCUGCAGUUUCUGGUGCCCAUGCUGCAGGACUUCCCAUCUGACUGCUGGGUCUCUAAAAACAGUAUGGUGAAUGACACGUGGGGCGUGCAGUACUCCUACGCUCUGUUCAAGGCCAUGAGUCACAUGCUCUGCAUCGGCUACGGCGCUCAGGCCCCUGAGGGCAUGACGGAUGUUUGGUUAACCAUGCUGAGCAUGAUCGUGGGUGCCACCUGCUAUGCCAUGUUUAUCGGGCACGCGACGGCCCUCAUCCAGUCGCUGGACUCUUCUCGGCGACAGUAUCAAGAGAAGUAUAAGCAGGUGGAGCAGUACAUGUCAUUUCAUAAACUACCAGCAGAUGUCAGACAGAAGAUCCAUGAGUAUUAUGAACAUCGAUACCAGGGCAAGAUGUUUGAUGAGGAGAACAUUCUGGGAGAGUUGAGCGAGCCGUUAAAAGAGGAAAUCGUGAGCUUCAACUGCCGCAGUCUGGUGGCUAACAUGCCACUUUUUGCUAACGCCGAUCCGAACUUCGUAACGGCAGUUCUCACAAAACUGAAAUUCGAAGUGUUCCAGCCCAACGACUUCAUCAUUCGCGAGGGAACCGUCGGCCGCAAAAUGUAUUUCAUCCAGCACGGUCGGGUCAGCGUGCUGACGCGCGGCAACAGAGAGACCAAACUCAGUGAUGGCUCAUAUUUUGGAGAGAUCUGUCUGUUGACUCGUGGCAGAAGGACAGCAAGCGUCCGAGCAGACACGUACUGUCGUCUUUACUCUUUGAGUGUGGACAGUUUCAAUGAGGUUUUGGAGGAGCAUCCCAUGAUGAGACGGGCUUUCGAGACCGUGGCAGCUGACAGACUUGAUCGGAUUGGUAAGAAGAACUCUAUUUUGUUGCGCAAGACCUCUCAGGGAGGAUCUGUGGCAGGUAGCAGUUUGGGACGGGGCGGAGGCAGCCGCGGCGGGGGAGCAGGCGGUGCCGGCUUGGGUUCCUGUGACAGCAUGUUGGUUCAACAGAUAGUUAAGCAUGACAGCAUGCCCGCCAUGCAGGACCUUUCUGUUGGCAACCGUGGCAGCAGCGGAGGCACAGUCUCACCUCGCCCUCAUCCGGUGAUCUGGGCGCCUCUGGUCCAUGCACCUCUCCAGACCGCGGCUGCCACAACCAACGUGGCCAUUGCCUUGAUGCAUCAGCAGCAGCAACAGCAGCAGUUACAGCAGCAGCUACAGCAGCAACAUGCCCUAGGAGCCCCCAUUUUCCUUCCCUCCACUCUUCCUAUUUCGCCCUCUCCCUUGCCCUGCCCUCUUUCACCUCCCCGUCCACCCAUGCUGCACCCUAGGCAGUCAUUUAGCUCCCUAAUAGGAUUAAUGGGUGGACUGCCCUCCAGAGGAGUUCCAUCUUCUGUAACUCCCACGCCCUCCGCGAUGGGGCCGACUGCUAUGGGAGUGGCUACUGCAGCAGUUGGAGGUGUUGUUGGUGUCACAAAAACUCCACCUACACCUGCAUCUGCAGUUUCUGCCCCCCUGCAAGCAGGCAAAACUCUUCAUCACAAUUCCCGCUUUCACAUAGAACCCACAAAAGGGAGUCAGACAUCACCUCUCAAUAAAGCUGUGCCUCCCUCUUCAGCCGUUGCAGCGGUGUCCAGUGAAGGACGAAAUCUGGGUUCUAGUCAGCAGGGGGCUAAAGAGGCAUUACUGCGUCAUGUUGGAGGAGGCAGCACCCAGGGUCUCCCAAUGAUAGGUCGGCUUACUCAGGAGGCCAGAUUGCUCUCUGCCUCCCAACCAACCCUGCCUCAUCGUGGAUGGGCGGCUGUACAGCCUCACCCGCCGCUUCAUCGUAAAGCCUCUGGAGGAAACUUGCUGCCAGCACCCUUCCUUAUGUCCUCAGGACUUGCUAGAGGAGGAAGUGCAGGUGUUCUGAGCUCAAAUGUUCCACACCCCGGUGUAGCACAAACACCCAUUCACACACCUCUGAUGUUGCCCUCUCAGCUGGUACAUGCACCUCCACUCCCAGCAGUUUUAGGGUCCACUCUAUCACCUCUUGCCCCCUUCACCUCCUCAAAACAGCCCCCUCUUUGUUCCACCAACCCCCCUUCAGCCUUUACAUCCUCUGCUCUAGGUGUCUCUCAAAUCCCGCGCCCCAAACCUGGCUCUGCGAUAUUGACUCCUCCCUCAACAUCUCCUCCUCCCUCACUCUGCCCUCUUUCUACCUCUCAGUUGAUCUCCAGUUCUCCAGCUUCUUCCUCUGGCCCCUCUUUGACACAGCACUCGCGCACCAAACUCUCUCAGACACCUCCACCUCCUUCACCGUUGUCUUGCACCACCAACUCAACACCCACUGUAACUCCUUCUCAAACUCCCAUUCAAACCCCUACCCAUACCAGGACCCCAACCCCAAUUCAAACUCCGAUUCAAACUCCCACCCAAACUAGAAUACCAACCUCUGUUCAAGACCUGAUUAAGACAUCUUCCCAAACUCAAGCAUCAACUGUCACCCAGUCUAAAACAACAGCUGUCAUUCAAACCCAGUCCCAAGCUAGAUGUCCAACUUCUGUCCAGAUCCUUACAGCUACACAAACUCAAAUUCAGUCUAAUUCUUCAGUUCAGAGUCCAGUUUAUGUCCAACCCCAAGCAUCCAUGCAAACUACCACUAAAACUCUAAGCUCAACUUUGAGCCAGAGUACUGCAUUCCAGACCGCAGCUGCUGUCCCGGUUCUUGGGCCUCCUUCAGCACAUUCACCAGGAUCCAGUCAAAGCCAGACUUCCACUCCCAUCAAUAGCCCCGCUCAGAGCAGAUCUUCAACUCCUGUUAUAACUCCUUCCCAGACACCUGUACAAACUCCUACCACUCAAACCUUAAAUACAUCUCAAGUUUCAGUUCCUAACCAAACCCAUGCCCUUAAACAAACUCAAUCUGUAAUAGCCCCUGAUACUGCAUCUUCUACUGUGUCACAGACUCUUGCAAUCAGUCCUUCCCUUGCUGUUCAACCUUCAACUGCAUCACAUUUUUCUGCACUCAGUCCAUCUCCUGCAUCUUCUACUGCAUCAAAUUCCCCUGCACUCAGUCCAUCCCCUGCCACUGCACCUUAUACUGCAUCACGUUCUCCUGCACUUAGUCCAUCUCCUGCAUCUUCAACUGCAUCACGUUCUCCUGCCCUCAGUCCAUCUCCUGCAUCUUCAACUGCAUCACGUUCUCCUGCCCUCAGUCCAUCUCCUGCAUCUUCAACUGCAUCACGUUCUCCUGCCCUCAGUCCAUCUCCUGCAUCUUCUACUGCAUCACAUUGUCCUGCACUCAGUCCAUCCCCUACCACUUCAUUCAAUCCUACUGUAAAUUCGUCUCCCAUUUCCACCUCUACUGGCCUCCAGACCUCCUCCACUAUCACUUCACCAAAAGAAGAAAGUAAAAUCUUGGAUGUGCCUCAGAAACAGAGAGACUCUGAGACAAAAAGACAGAACUCUUCUGCUAACAUAUGAUGAGUAGGUGGACACUGAGGCAAAUAUCUGGUCCGGGCCUCAUGUUGUUCAAUGGCAGCGUUUAGGAGCUGAAUUACAUGCAAGAACAUAUCAGUUAUAUCAAUGCAGACUCUGAAGGUUUCAUGAGCAUGCUGUGCUGGUCUGAUCUUGGGAAAAACGUGUUUUCUCCCACGUAUCAAGAUCCAAUGAAACAGCUGCAAGUCUUCAAUUCAGUAGUUGAGUCUGAUUUAGUGUGUCUUAUUUGUUGUCCACUAUCCAAUAGCUGAUGUAGCUACAUGAAGGAGUAAAUUAAAUGAAACAAAAAAACAGUUUGUGAUCCUGAAAACAUUUUACCAAACACUAGAGGUAGUUGGUCUAAUGAGUGUUGGAUGCCCUUUUAGACCUUAAUACUGUUCAUCUGAUAGAUGAAAGAUUUUAAUUUUUGAUAGUAUAGAUACUAUUUCUGUCAUUUGCCAAAAAAUGUUGCUGAUAAUCUUAAAGCGAAUGUAGUUACAGAAGACUGAGCUGUAUCUCUGCCACUACUGUCUAUUGUUAUUGUGAGGAAGUACAAUCAGCAGUAGUUUUUUUAAUAGAGCACAUCUACCACUUUAUCUAACAUCAGGAGUUUAGCCUUAAAUCAGCUUUAAAUGGCCAUUAUGAAUUCAUCUCCAGAUUUUUACUGGGAUCAACAUGGCACUGAAACCUUGAAAAAACAAACAUCAUUUUCUGGUCAGUAAAGAGGUCCACUGCCUGUAGAAUGAGCUAUUAGAUAACGCGUUUCACAUUGUUGCCCUCAUUCAUGUGUGUAGAAAUCUUUAUGAAGACCACCAGCUGGGGAGUUUUCAAACAUAUUAGCUGUGUCCCAAUUCAAGGGCUGCAACCUUAUAAGCAUGCAACCUUAAAAGGUGAGCACUCAGUCUUUCAAGGUGGAAGCCUCAGAAGUUCGCGAAGAGAACUAAAAUGAGACUGUCUAACCUUUGGAUGACCCAUAACUGGCGUCACCUGCUGCACGCGCCUGUCAGCAGGACACAGCUGAGACGUUUCUGACUUAAUAAAAUAAAUAUGAAAUCCAAAAAAUAUAAAUUUAUUUUAGAAAUAUGACACGUUGAUGUAUAUUAAACUAUUCAACAGUAUACCAAAUUAAUCAACCUUAUAAAUAUACACAACAUAAAAAGAAUAAUAUUAACACAAAACAUAACUUAUAAUACUAAAACAGUGACAAGAAAAAAUGUUUUCUGAUAAAUACACUUUUAUUUAAUAAAGGUUUUAAUUGUUUAUUUUAGAAUAUCCACCCAUUAUAUGCAGACGCGCAAUGACUCUUGGGAUAUCCUCGGCUGUUAAGGAUGCAUUCGUUCUAUCCUUAACAGUGCGGAGAAAUGAGGACGCAUUUUGAGGCUUCAUUCUAAGCAUCCUUUGAAUUGGGACGGCCUUACUAGCCUCAAGUUGCGCUGCUGUGACGCAAUUGGUCUUAAAAUACGUCAUUAGAAGGUUGCAGCCUUUGAAUUGGGACACAGCCAUUCUGUCAUUAGAGACUGAAUGUCACAAGAGUAGAAUCACAGUAGAAAAAAGUUUUUCAAAAGCAAAUCAUUUCUUUUAAAAUACAUUUAUAAUGUAAUGUGUUCAAGUGUUCUCAGGCGGCACCAUAUUGAAAAGAUGUUUCGAUGAAGUUAACGUAGAUUUCACUGCCUAUAAACCUCUGGUGCACUGUAUAGUAAGUUCUGUGGAAAAUAUAUUUCUGCAAAACAAAACCAAUUCAUUAUGCUCUCUUUUGUGCACUUCCAUUUAUUAAAAUAUUAACAAGCGAUCACCUGUCAGUAUAAAUUUAAAUCAAAUUUGAAAAUGAUGUAAUAUCACUGUAAUGGCAAACCUUUAAGCAUUUUAGCUGUUUAGGUCACUUUUCUUUAAGACUUGAUUGUGGAAAUAUAAAAAAACCUGCACAGUAAAAAAACAAUGAAGGAAUGUUUGAUCGAUGCCAUCACUUCAUUCAUUUUCUUUUCAAUCAUUAUGCAGCAUAAGACAAUUUUUAAAGAAGAUGCACAGACUCUUUAACUUUAAAUGUGAUUGGGUAAAGAAAGUGCACAGUUUGAUUUUAGAUGAAUGUUAUUGCAGCCGCUUAUGUUUUCUUAUGCAAUAAAAUAAAAACAAACUUUAAUCGAUGGCCAAUGUGACAUGCUCUGCAGCAGCAUUUCAUAUCAUACAAUUCAGUGUCUAGAAGUGUAACACUUGAUAUCAAACGUUAUUGUUUAAUGUUCAAUGAAAUGUCAGAUUUGCCAUUAUAUAACUUCUAAUUUGUGACUUAAUGAAAGAAGACUUAUUAAAAGCUCUCAUAUAUAUUUUAUCUUUUGAUAAAACAUGAAGCAAUUUAUUAGUAGUUUUUUUUUGUCUCAGGUGUUUGAUGUUAGUUUUGGACUAUAUGACUAUUAAGUUAAUAUGCUAAUUAACUACUGUAAGUGACAUUGUGUUUGUUUUAAUCGUGUGUUACAGUAAAUUUGCUCCUUCUUACCUGCACAGCGGUGCUUUAGCUUCAGCUAGACAGAUUCUGUCAAUAUCACUGCCUCUGUAUGUCUGUCAGUACCCCAUAAUACUGUACACACAUCUGAUGUCUUAAGCUUUCUCUCAGUGCUGUUGUACUGUAGUUGCUCAAACACACACACAGUCAGUAUGAAUCUCUAUCUUGUUGUGCUCAGUGCUGUUCUUAAGUGUUUUGUGCCGAUAGUGAGAUUUUCUCCUCUAAUACCAUGUUGCCUAGAUUGCACAUUUAAGGACCAAAUGUUAAUUUUUAUUUGUCGUCACAGCUUUUGAGAAAAAUAAAUAAUAAAAAUACCUGCUAAAAUAUAUAAGAUAAACAAUGAUGAACGAUUGAAAAUGUUUUUUGCCAAAUCACAAUAAA